AUGUCCAACUCAACUGUUGCACCAUUAGUUCCAGAACAAUGUUAUUGUGAUCCAUCUGUAGUCCUUGGUUUCUGUCACCAAGGUGGUUGCACUGCUUUCGCAGCUAUCUACUUGAUCGUUUGGUUCAUCGCCAUGGCUGAAGGUAUCAGACGUAUCGUUAUCAAUCGUCGUAACUGGAAGACCGCCAUCUAUGUCUCCAAUGUCCAAUUGACCAUCGGUGUCGCUCUCUGGUUCGUCCGUCACAUUAUGUUGUUAGCCAAAGUUACUGAACUCUACUCGAUGGCCGUCCUCCUUACUUUCGGUGUCGCUUUCUGGGUCAGUGCUUACCUCUGGAUUCUCGUUUCCUGGUGUGACAUCAUCCUCUCUGUAAACUUUAGCAAACCAAUUCAAAAGACCUUCAUCAUUGUCAAGUACGUCAUCUUGGCAUUCAACGUAUUGUUGUUCGUCGGUUGGAUCAUCGGUAACACCAUCUACUGGCCAUACUACAUCACCAAUAUCUUCUUUGGUAUCUACGGUUUCGGUAUCACCCUCGGUUUCUUUGCUCUCGGUCUCAUGAUCUGGCGUGAAUACUACAAGGUAUCUCACAUUGCCGCUCACGGACAAGCUGCCCACGACACCUACGCCAAGGUUCGUAAGGUAACCAUGUUGGCCACAUACGUCAGUAUCGCCGCUAUCAUCUUCACCAUCUGCUUGAUUGCUUCUGCCUACAAGCUUCCACACAACCCUGCUGGUGCAGUAGCCUGGAUGUUCAUCACCCGUAUUCCAUUGGCACUCUUUGUCUACACCAUGCUCGUCGUGUUGAUUCCAAACCGUCAGCAGAACCGUGUCAACAAAGACAAGGAGUGGGCCGAGAAGAUGCAACGUCUCGAGUUCUCAACCAACGCUCAAUCCAACAUGUACGAAGAGACCACACUCUCAAUGGAUACUGCCACCAUCACCAUCUCCACCGGUACCAACAGUGGUAUGAUGGAAAUGAGCUCAGCCGUCGAAACCAACAAAACUAGCAACGGUUCAAACUCCAAUACCAAUAGUGAGUCUUCACUUGGAAUUUUAAUCAAACAGGCAAACAUCGACAUCAAACAACUCCAAACAAAUCUAACAAACCAAAAAGGUUUGAAUAAUAUUAAUAGUCGUCUUCAUCAACAUUAUCAAUUAGUUUUAGUAAUUCUAUUUUUUAUAAAUAUAUCUCAAUGUGUAUAUUUUAAAGGAUAUGCAGAUAUUUUUGGACAAUUCCAAAAUGCAAAUUCAGUUUUAUUUUCUAAAGACUCUUUCGCCAGUUCCAGUGGUAUCGAAUUUCAAUUGGUCGAUGAUAUGAAUAUAAAAGUCAAUAUUAGUGAAAAUAUGGUGUCACUUGGAAUGAUCCAAGUUUGUACCAAAGGUGGUGACUGUAGUAAUAGCGCAAUUUGGAAUCCAGUUGUUAUCGAUAGAAUCAUUGGUACUCCGACAGAGGGUGGUGUUGUUAGUGUUCAAGGUCAAUAUCUACAGGGUUCCAACAGCAAGUUGAAGUUCUCAAAGACCAAUAUCAUGUUAAACAGCUCCUCAGAUUCAUCCACUGAAUUACUCUUUAAUUUCCCAACUGAGCUAGCUCAACAAUUCGAGAGUACCGAUGUAAAUGUAACCAUUCAAAUUAGAUCAACUGUUUUUUCAUCUAGAUUCUCAUUUUUAGCUCCAAAAAUUGAUACCAUUUCAAUCGACAAAGAAAGUUCAUUGGUACACCUUGAAGGUAGUAGUUUUGGUGUUAACAGUUCAUUGUUAAGUGCAACUAUCGAUGGUAUUCCAAUCCCAAUCUCGAAUAUUUCGAAAAAUUUCUAUGUUUCCUUAGAUACCAGAGGUAUUAAAGAUUAUUUCAGUUAUGCUGGUCUUAAAAAGGUUCAAUUGAAAAGAAAUGAACUAUUUUCAAAGCCAAUGGAAAUUAAAAUUAGACCUGUACCAAUGAAUAUUACAACAGUUUCAAGUGAUAUUGGUGGAUUAGUAACAGUUUAUGGUUCUACUUUUACACACUUCAGAUGGAAUAAUACUUUGGCUGAUGUAUCGAUUUGGAUCGGUGAUAUUCUAUGCAAAGAUCCACAACCUCUUUUAGCACUACCAAAUCGAUUCACCUGCAAGCUUGGUCCAGUCGCAAGAAAUAAACAAACUGCCGAUCUAGUUGUAAAGGUUAUCAUCGAUGGUGCUGAAUCAAACAAGAGUCUACUCUUUUCCUUUGAUAUCCCAGCUCUUUACUAUUCAAAGCAGAACGUUGACAUCAUCGAGUUGACCGGAGAGAGACUCGGAUUCUCCGAUGAUCUGAAUAAAACAACAGUUUAUUUCCGUGAUUUCACGUUGACUCCAUUAUCGAUCACCAUGAUAAACAACACCGGUCUCCAGUUGCUCAAAUUCAGAAUCUCCAACGCCACUGCAGUCGGUAUCUACAAAGGAAUCACCUUGAAGUUCAAGCAUAUCCUCUCGAAUCCAGUCGAUGUCAUAAUCAGUCCUGUGAUUACCGAUAUUACAUCGCCACCAACUACAGGUGGUAGAAUUACAAUUUCCGGUGUAUUCUUAAACACCAAGGAAAUCUCGAAAAUAAGCAUCAUUGGUGACGACGGUGGCAACAACAAAAACAACAGCAAUACAAAUGUAACAGAUUGUAGAUCUAUGGAGAGAGUAACACCUUACUCCAUUGCCUGUGUGGUCGGUGCUGGUAGUGGAGGAAACAUUCUAAUCAACGCAAGCAUGAAGGGACUAUCGAUUGCUCACAGCUUCAGCUAUCAAUCGCCCAGCGUUCACUCCUCCACUACAAUCAAUUUCUUUGGAGGUCAAGUCACAGUUUUCGGUGAUAAUUUCGCACCAAAGAAUCUCAGUGUUACCAUUGGCGAGAUUGAAUGUACCGAUCCCAGACUCGUAUCGGCAGAAGUUCUGGUGUGUUCGGUCGACCAGAAAACAAUACCAUCGCCAGUACCAAUCGAUGUCCAGAAUGUCACGGUCACAGUCAAUGGCUUGGUUGGAAGCGCAUCUGUAUUCACCUAUAUCCAACUACCCACUAAAUCACCACUCGACAAGCAAUUGAAGCAACUCGCUUGGGUCAUUCCUAUCGGAGCUGUUGCAGUUGCAUUUGUAAUUCUAACAACUAUUAUUUUGUCAGUAAGAAUGUAUAGACAGCACCUAAAGAAGAAAGCUGUAAAGCAUUUCUUAGAAGCAUAG